CAUGCAACUUGCUAAAAGUAAUUAAUAUUAUUUAACUUCUAUAGUUCAUCCAGAUGCAUUAGAAAAAGAAAAAAUAAAUCCUUAUUUAAAUGAAAACCAAGAAUAAUAGAGAUAUCCUAGGGAGAGUUUAGUUGAGAAUGAAAAAAACUUAAAUUUAGGAGGAUCUUAUUAAAAUUAUAUAUAUAGAUGUGGUGAAUGUUGUGGAAAUUGUUCUGCAUUUUGUCCAUGCAAUCCCUUUGUAGAAUAUCCAUAUAAGAAAAUAGAACAAGGGUUUGUUGGAGUUUAUUUAAGAUUCGGAAAAUAUGUAAAAACUAGUAUCAAAUUUAUGUUUUAUCUUAGUGCCCCCUGGUUUAUAAUAUUUUAAUCCUUGCACAGAUAAAUUAAUAAAAAUUGAUUGUAGAACAUAAAUGAUUGACUGUGAAAAACAAUUUGUAAUAACAAAAGAUAAUAUUCUAAUUAAAGUUGAUGCAUCUGUUUAUUACAGAGUAUUAGAACCAAAAAAGGCAAUUUUUUAUAUUUAUGACCUUAAAAUGGCUGUUUCAUAAAUUACUUUAGCAGCUAUAAAAAGUGUAAUCGGUGCAUAUACCUUACAAGAUGUGUUAGAAAAAAGAACUGAAAUUUAAGAUUAUAUCUAACAUUUUGUGGAUGAUCAUGUAGAUGAUUGGGGAAUUGAUAUUGAAUUAAUGAUGAUAAAAGAUAUUCAAAUAGAUGAAAAAAUUAAAUCUGCUUUAGCUUAAGCAGCAACAGAACUUAGGUAUAUAUCUUUUAUCAACAUUUAUAGGUCUGCAUAAGCAAAAAUUUUGAUUGCUGAAUCUAAUGUUUAAUCAGCUAAAUUGAUGAAAGAAGCUGCUGAGCUUCUUAGUGCCAAAGCAGCUAUGUAAAUUAGAUAUCUUGAAGUCAUUAAUAAAAUAGGUUGCGAACAAUAAACAAAAGUUAUGAUAAUAUGA